UCCUCCGCCAACGGCGCACGUUAGAACAAAAAAAAACAGAACCAGAUCUCACCACACAAGUCCCAAUCCAAUGAACCCCACCACUGACCACUGACCACACUCCAAAAACAUAUCAACACAACAUAACCUCCUCCACCUCCAUCUCCAUUUCCUCUGAUUUAUCCACCCACCACCGAACACCCAAAAAAAAAAACCAGUAUGGCUAACCAGACCACCCAACGGCGCAUUUUAGCAGCACCAGAACCAAAAGCAUCCAUGAAUCCCACCCUCAAAAAACACACCAAGCCCUCCAUUUCUCAACACCUAUCUAAUAACCUAGAUUCUUCCAUGCCCUCUAAACCCUCUUCCAUUUCCAGCAACAGCUCUAGAGUCAAUACCAGUCAUAGAGUUCGUACUUCACAAAGACCCAACAGUCAACAAACACUCCCAGCUCUCACUGACACUCGUUUGCAAGCCAAAGCCAUGUCAGUUUCUGCCAUAAUGGGUUCCUCCAAGUCUUCCAUUAAAUCAAAUCCUCAGCCCAAAUCAGUUGGCCCCAAUAUUGAGAAACAGAGCAAGACAACAAAGGAAUUAGCUUGCAAAGACAAGUCCCAAAAAUCCAGUAAAGAUGUGGAAAAGAAGAAAUUUGAGGAGGAGGUUGUGAAGAAGAAGAAAGAAGCUCAAAAGGGAUUGGUGGGUUUUAAAGAAGAGCAUGAAUUUGAUAAUAGGAGAUUGUCAGUUCCACUGAACUCAAGCGGUGGCAGAAGGAGAUCCCUCUCUGGCUCACAGGUUCAAUUGGCAGAUGUGCUUUCAAGUUAUGGUGUGAAAAUUGUUUCAGCUGAUAUGCCACCAUUUAUGCAGAUCCAUGCUGUUGAGUGUGCAAGAAAGACACAUGAUAGCCUGGAAAAGUUCACCUCCAAGACUCUUGCUUUGACUCUCAAAAAGGAAUUUGAUGGGGUGUAUGGGCCAGCUUGGCACUGUAUUGUAGGAACCAGUUUUGGGUCUUUUGUGACACACUCUGUAAGUGGGUUUCUGUAUUUCUCAAUGGAUCAAAAAAUGUAUGUCCUCUUGUUUAAGACAACGGUACAAAGAGCAGACUGAACAGUUGGAAAGCUCAAGAAUUUUUUGUGUAGGAAGUUCUGGAAAGCUCAAAAAUAAGUUAUAUUCUUUCGAGCUUGUACAUUGGUUGAUGGUUAUUGCAGGGAAAGCAUAGGAGAGAUGGAAAUUUCUCCCCAUCUUUUUGUUCAUAGACAUUUACUUAGUUGUAACUUGUAGGGGCUUAGUAUUUGUCUAAUUGAGAAAUAUGAAAUCCCUUCUUCUGGCCCUGUAAGUCUAUAUGUAUCAGUGUUAUAAAAUCAUAAUAUAAUUGUCAGUGUCACAA